CAACAAUCUCUCGCCACGACAGCCAUGGAAAGGCAGGGAUUCAGCAAUUUCCAGCGAGGUGGAAGACGAAAUGGUUUCAAUAAUCACCCCAACAAUAGGAAUCCGCAUCACGUCAUGAGGCAUGGACGGCCGAAUAUUUACCAACAGAAUCAUCAACCCCGUCAUCACCACCAACCUCAGGCUCCACCCCAGGCGGGACCACAGUACACGCCGUACCAUUACUACGCGCCCGUCGCAACCGUCCUCUCACCUCCCGCGCCCCCGCCCCAGAUGGCACCCACCAACAUGGGCCCGCAGUACACCCUGUCCCCAAAUGCUCAAGAAUUCAUACCAAGCUCUUUCAUGACGAUGCGAGAUCCCCAGUACAUGCCCCUCCACGGAGGGCAUCAGAGUCAUCAGCCUCAGAUGCAGUACCACGCCGAGGCCGCGGGUUCCAACUCCGCGGAUUCCUAUGACGAUCCGUACUCGUAUUUCAGCAAGUCCUACGACGAAGAUGACGAUGCUUUGCUGCAAACGCAGAUGUUCAUAACUGAUGUCACGCUCUCACCAGAGUUGUACACAGCGAAGGCGAACGAUCUCCUCAAAAUCAUAUUCGAAGACAUCUGCGAGCGCAAGAACCCGCCAACGGCGGUUGUUGCGACCAUAUUCCAGGCGGGUGUUCUACAACAAAACUUCCGCUAUUCGGGUGCGCGCCUGUGCAACGUCGCCGCAUCGGUCGUAAUCACGAUGGAUGGCCAGGCUGCAUUCCGAGAUUGCCUAAUCGAACACAUGUACGAGAGCUUAGCGAAGGUCAAGCCCGUUGUCGGUGACAAGGAGCAAGACAAAGAGACCCGUGGAACAGUGCUAUUCUGCGCAGAGCUGUUCUUCCAAUUGGAUCUCGGCUAUAGACUCGAUACCUCGGAGACGCACCCGGACAUGGGCGUUUUCCUGUGCCGCACCAUCAAACAGUUGAUCUUAUGUAACGAGAAAGAGAACCAGAAGAGUGGGAUUCAGGCUCUGAAGCUCUGCGGUGCCAACCUGGAAAAGCUGUGCGGGAACACCGACGCGAUGGACGAUCUGAUGAUGCAGUGCAAGACUCUCGAGGAACAAGAAGGCGUGAAUUCGACCAUUCAGUUCAUGCUGGCGAGACUCCCACAACUCCGUAAAACAAACUGGAAUCGCGUGGAGGAAGUUCGUGAUCAAGCUCCCUGUGUGGGUCCUGAUGACUACACCCAAAUGCCAGUCAUGUACGGCCCGGAUGGUCAACCGAUGAGCGAAGAGGAGCUGGGCUUCUUGAACGGCUCCAACCAGAUUCCCCCCGCGGAAUUCGGUGAAGCCCCGCCAGUCGCCACCGCUGCCGGGAUGGACGAUGAAGCGAUGGAGGCAUACGAACAAUUCCUCCGAGAAACAGGACAAAAAUAAUCGUGGGAAAAGUAGACAGAAGCGUGUCGGGCAACACUCUCGCCAUGGCGAGCGAGCGGGGCGGUGCUCAUCCACAUUCGCCGGUCCACCUUGUACAAACUGCAACACAGAAAGUCAAAUCUCUGUGUUAAGCACCAAUACUUUUAUCCCUUCAUCCUCCGCCUCAAGGCAAGAAAAACGGCCGCGAACGCUCCCGUAACGAGAGUGUUCCCCCAACGCUGUUCGUGACACUCCAUGGCGAUGUUUUUUUGUGAAAGGACUUCAAUAUCUCUCCUCCGUUAUCAACCUGAGCAAAAUGCAACAACAUGUGAUUGAUGUUGUAUCAUAAACCUAUAGAUAAGUAACAUAAACGAGUUGACAGCAUGCGGGUUUGUGGGACAUGUAUUUUCAAGCCCUCACAGGCCCGCCUCUCUAGAGAAUCUUUGUCGUCUGACCCUCUAACGAGUACAUAGUACUUUACAAGCGAAACCUGGCGUUGAGGACGACAAACAUGAGAUGCAUUCGCGAAGAUGGCCCGUGGAGAUUGUUUAGUGUUGUUUGAAAAUCAUAUUACGAGCUGCUACCUCGGCAAUGGCACUGCUAGUCUCACGUCGACGACGGAAUCGUUUGUGGCGACCGAACUAUGUAGUCUCGAAAAAGAUUUUCCGAGACUAACAUACUGCGAAAGCGAGAUGUCGCUGGCGCUGCAACAUAUCAUGUCAAAGUCUCGGUGGAUGCGUUCAACUGCACUAAAUGAAUAUUAAAUCCGUCCGCAUUUCGGCAAGCGUCGCGAGACUGUUGUUCUCCACUCGACAGGAAGCAUCUCGAGAGCAGCUUGCUCCCGUAGAAGGCCAAACUGACCGGCUGGCUUCGCUUAUGUAUUUACUGUGUAUAGGUAGCCAGCGCGAAGCACCCGCUAAAUAAAGCCUUGUUUU